UGGCUAACCGUGGCUCUCCGGGCUCGCCAGGGGAUGCCGCCGCUGGCACAGCCGCCGCGGUUGCUGCCGCACUUGCCGGGGCAGCCGCCCUACAUCCCCCCCCCGGGCAUGAUCCCGCCGCCCGGAAUGGCGCCGCAGGCCGCGAUCCCGCCGGGAAUGGCGCCGCAGGCCGGGAUGGCGCCCAUGGGCGCCCCGCAGCCCCUCUCGGAGAACCCCCCGAACCACAUCCUGUUCCUGACCAACCUCCCCGAGGAGACCAACGAGCUCAUGCUCUCCAUGCUCUUCAACCAGUUCCCGGGCUUCAAGGAGGUUCGCCUGGUGCCCGGGCGCCACGACAUCGCCUUCGUGGAGUUCGACACCGAGGUGCAGGCGGGCGCCGCCCGCGAGGCCCUGCAGGGCUUCAAGAUCACCCAGAGCAACGCCAUGAAGAUCUCCUUCGCCAAGAAGUGAGCCCCGCGCCGGGCCAGGGGCCCUGGGCAGCGCCAGAGCCCCGAAAACCGACCCUAAAUACCCCAAAACCACCCCAAAGUACCCCAGAUCCUCAAAAACCGCCCCAAAGUACCC